CACCCUGGGAUUAAUGUCAAGGCACAAAAGUGGCGCUACACCGUUUCGAGCUCUACUCCGGUGGUUGCCUUAGCGAUGGACGGGGAGUCAGAACCAAGCCCUGCCGUAGCAGAAGAGGCAGGGGAGCAUGUGGAGCCCAUGGGUGCAACUCCCUCUCCCCAGCAAGAGAGCACGCCCCCCUCAGAAGAGGCUGGGGAGGCGGUUUCCAUGCUAACAGAAGAUGGAGCAACAAAGGAGGGUGGCACAGAGGACAAUGAUGAUGAUGAUGAUGUGGUUCUAGUAGGGGAGGAAGCCCCCAAGCCUUCUGCCACAACCCUUCCAAACGACACACCAAGCACAGACAGUCCCGAGCCGACUGCAGACAUGUCUACGGCUUCCAAGACCCCCCGGUCGCCUGCGUCUUCCAGCAUAACCACAGCAGCAGCAGCAGCAGCGCCUAAACCUCCAACCACAGAAGCAGAGCCCAUUGUCAUUGACGACGAGGAGGACUCUGAGCAGAAGGACACUUCCUCCUCCUCGCCAGCACACCCUGGAGGCUCCUCCACCGCACACUCGCCGGUUGCACUCAGCAGCACCGAGCCGGAUUCAGAGAUCAGGAUUGCCAGCGUCACCACAUUGGGCUCCAGUAGCCAGGAAGAAAGCGCCACAGUCUUUACAGUAAACACUCCACCACAUCCCGAAGAUGACCAAGGAGACCUGAACCUGAUGAUAACAUCGGUGACAUCACUUCAGAGCGGGGAGGCGGCUGUCACAUUGGAAGGUGAAAGCCAUGCAGAGGAAAACGGUCUCCAGAUCAGCAGCGCGUUCAGCCUGAAUCCAGACACCCCACCUGGUCGACUGACGGCCUCCUUCAACCCUGGGCGGGGCUCAGGUCCCAUGGGCCAGCUGGUACAGAAUGGAGACACAGGGACGCACAAUAGAGCAGGUGAUGAAUUUAAGCCAAAAGUCAAUUAGCUUGACAUGUUCCAAUAUGAA